UGGUCCCCCCCGCGUGGUGGGACACCCACGUGAAUGAAGUUGAAGUGUUUAUUGGUGUUGGUCCUCAUAUAGUGAUGAUACGGAUACCGCUUUCACCGUGGGAUAUUUAUGUGUUUUAAAUGUUCACUGGCAUAUAUUUUGACUAGAGGAAGAAAACACUGACUAUUUAAAAUGAAGUUUUCAUACAAGUUUGCGAAUCUGCUGGGCUCAGUUUACCACAAAGGUAACCUAGUGUUCACUCCAGAUGGGGAAACGGUCCUCAGUCCCGUCGGGAACAAGGUCACCCUCUAUGACCUCAAGAGGAGCCGCUCGCAGACCAUGCCGGUGGAGAGCCAGACUAACAUCACGGCGCUGGCGCUGUCGCCCAACGGCCGGCUGCUCAUCACCGUCAACGAGCGUGGCGAGGCGCUCCUCAUCAGCAUGGCCUCGAUGGCCGUGGUGCACCGUCACCGCUUCCACCGGCCCGUGCGUGCCGUCCAGUUCAGCCCCGACGGACGCUACUUCGCGCUCACCAAGGAGAACCUCGUCUUUGUGUACCGCACGCCGGGCGGACUGAACCGCAUGUACAACCCGUUCGUUCUGGAGCGGGUCCUGCAGGGCAGCUACGACGCCACCCUGUCCCUGGCCUGGACGUCCGACUCCAGGCUGGUGGCUGCCGGCUCGGACGAUAUGUCGACGCGCAUCUACCCGAUCGAGGACAUGGCCAACUUUGGCGUCACCUCGCUGGGCGGCCACAGCGCCGCCGUGCUGGGCGUCUUCUUCGAGAGCGAGUCGCUCGACUGCUACACGGUCAGCAGGAGCGGUCAGCUGUGCUGCUGGACGUGCAGUCACACGCUGGAUGAGCUGCGGCCCAGGGAGCGCACCGGGAAGCAGCCGGCCGCGACCGAGCUGCCGCUGGAUGACGGGCCGGAGGAGCAGCAGAAGGCCGAGCCGGCCGCCGACGCGGCGGGCUCCGACUCUGACGACGACGACCGGCUGCCGCGCGCCAAGUACAAGCAGCGCGCCAAACACUUCCUGCUGGACGUGGUGCGCGAGGGCGGCUCCGGCUCCGGUCGGAUCGAGCUGAGCUCGGCCGACUUCCACCGCGCCCGGCGCGUGCUCGUCUCCGGCUACACCAACGGCGCGUUCCUCAUCCACGAGAUGCCCGACGCCGCGCUGAUCCACUCACUGAGUGUGUCGGACCAGGUGGUGUCGUCGGUGGCGCUGAGCCCGGCCGGUGACUGGGUGGGCCUGGCCUGCUCCGGCCUGGGCCAGCUGCUCGUCUGGGAGUGGCAGUCUGAGACGUACAUCCUCAAACAGCAGGGACACCAGAACAACAUGACAUCGCUGGCCUACGCGCCCGGCGGCGACCUGCUCGUCACCGGCGGGGAGGACGGCAAGGUGAAGGUGUGGAACACGCUCUCCGGCUUCUGCUUCGUCACGUUCGUGGAGCACUCGGCGGCCGUCUCGGGCGUGGCCUUCACCCAGUCGGGGAAGGCGGUGCUGUCCGCCUCGCUCGACGGCACCGUGCGCGCCUUCGACCUCACCAGGUACCGUAACUUCCGUACGCUGACGUCGCCGCGGCCAGCGCAGUUCGCUUGUCUGGCGGUGGACAGCAGCGGUGAGCUGGUGGCCGCUGGCGCCCAGGACCUGUUCGAAAUCUACCUCUGGUCGCUGCAGCUCGGAAAACUGCUCGAGGUCAUGUCGGGUCACGAGGGCCCCGUGGCCGGCCUGGCCUUCAGCCCGGACCCCACCUCCACGACACUCGCGUCGGUCAGCUGGGACAAGACGCUCAGAUUGUGGGACACGAUAAACUCCAAGGGUCAGCGAGAAACUAUUGAUCUACUGUCAGACGGUCUGUCGGUGGCGUACCGUCCGGACGGCGGCGAGCUGGCGGUGGCCACGCUCAGCGGCCAGAUCCAGCUGUUUGACCCGGCCUGGGCGGCGCAGACGGGCGCCAUCGAGGGCCGCGCCGACCUCGGCAGCGGCCGCGCAGACGCCGACCACGUCACCGCCAAAACCAGCCUGCAGGCCAAGGCGUUCAGCACGCUGUGUUACACGGCCGACGGCCGGUGCCUGCUGGCGGCCGGCCACUCGAAGAACGUGUGUAUCUACCACUGCGCCGAGCGGCUGCUCAUGGCCAAGUUCGAGAUCACCCAGAACCGCUCCUUCGACGCCGUCGACGACUUCAUCCACAAGCGGAAGAUGACCGAGUUCGGUAACCUAUCGCUGGUGGAGCGGCGCGGGGAAGACGACGACGACAUCCACCUGCGUCUGCCGGGCGCGCGGCGAGGCGACAUGGCCGCGCGCGCCCUCCGGCCCGAGAUCCGCGUGCUGGCUGUGCGCUUCUCACCCACAGGCGAGUCGUGGGGCGCCGUCACCACCGAGGGCCUGCUCAUCUACUCGCUCGACCCGACGCUGGUGUUCGAGCCGUUCCAGCUGGAAGAGGACAUCACCGAGAGUUCCGUGCUCGCCAAACUGGCCGCCGGACACCGGGCACGCGCGCUCAUCAUGGCGCUGCACCUCAACCUGGAGCGCAUCACGCGCCGCGUGGUCGAGAGCGUGCCUCUGACUGAUGUGGAGUCGCUGGCCGCCGGCCUGCCCCACCGGUACGUCGAAAAGCUGUUGGCGUUCGUCUCGGCAGAGCUGGAGGGCACGCGCCACCUCGAGUUCUACGUGCAGUGGGCCGAGUGUCUGGUGCGCCAGCACGCCGGCUGGCUCCGCGCGCACGCCGGCCGCGUCACGCCCCUGCUGCGACACGUCCAGAAGGCGCUGACCACCAAACUCAGCGCCAUCGGCAAAAUCUGUGACCACAAUAAGUACCUGCUGAGUUACCUGGGUCACCUGGGUCAGCUGCGCUCGGCCGAGCCGGCGCUGAAGCGGACCGCUGACUCUGACUCGGACUCUGACUCGGACCUGGAGGGCGCGGCGCCGCCAGAGCCGGUGGACAGUUCUGACUCGGAGGCCGCCGCUAUGGUGGUGAUCAGGGGCUCGUGACGGCGCUGUGAGCGGGGCCGGGUCCCCGCGGGCCUGCCGGGGAGGCGGCGGCCGGCCCUGCGGGGGCGGAGGUCCGCCGCACUCUGACACAAACGGUGAGCUGACCUCAGAGCUGCCCGCCCGCGGCGAGGUGAUGUAUAGUGUUGCCGAUCAGCCGUCUCGUAAUAUAUUUGCGAUCCCAGAGACAAA